CCCGCGCAUCACCCAUAAACGCAGCGCAGCCCCCCACAGACACACGCCUCGCCCGCACCGCCGCCCACGCUCACGAUGCAGUCGCUGCCCGAGUCGCGCCAGCAGUCCUUUGAGGAGCUGUACGGCCCGCCCGAGAACUUCCUCGAGAUAGAGGUCCGCAAUCCCAUGACCCACGGCGUCGGCCGCGGCAUGUACACGACGUACGAGAUCGUCAUGCGCACCAACAUCCCCGCCUUCAAGCUGAAGAGCUCGACCGUGCGCCGGCGCUACAGCGAAUUCGAGGCCUUCCGCGACAUCCUGGAGCGCGAGAGCGCGCGCGUCACGAUCCCCCCGCUGCCAGGCAAGGUGCUGACGAACCGGUUCUCUGACGACGUCAUUGAGCACCGGCGCGAGGGGCUGCAGCGGUUUCUGCAGAUUGUCGUUGGACACCCGCUGCUGCAGACGGGGAGCAAGGUGCUGGCGGCGUUUGUGCAGGAUCCGAAUUGGGACCGUCAUGCGUGGUAGACGAUGCCUGUGCAGACGAGAAAUUCACGAUACGCCGUUCUGCGGCCGACGAAGCACGCAGCGCGCGGUCACACGACGUCACGAGACCACGAGGAACGACCUGGAGAAGGAAGAUUCUCGGGCGAGCCGGCUUGUAGUUCAUACCACGGACAUUCUUCUUGGGCGGGGGGCAACGUCUUGGUUGUUGUUGGCUGCAGAGGGCAGGCGGGGUUGUUUCUAGGAGAAGUGCUCAUGUGGAGCGCGUCGAUACUGAUCGUAUACCCUUCCUCCUUUCCUUGAUCUGCCAUCCCAUAUCAAUUUCGAGCUUUACCAGAUAUCAAUUCAUCGUACAAUAACAAUUCGUCUGGCAUAUCGCAAUGCUAGGCCCGAAUCAACCGCUGGGC